CCCUUGCGGCUGAGGCCGAAGCGGCGGUGUCGGUGUGAGGCGCGGGCGGCAUGAGCAGGAGGCACCGCGGCGGCGGCUGAGGCCGCGGCGGGGCGGGACCGUUGCCGAGCUGAGGAGCCAGGAAGGAGCCAGAGAUGGCGGUGGUGGCGGCGGUUCCGGUGGCGGCGGCGGGUUCAAGCGGGCCGCCGCUCCUGGCCGCUUCCGUCCUGCUGCCGGCGCUGAUGCUCUUGCUGCUCCCGCCGCAGCCGCCUCACGCCGUGGAAGGCGCCGGCCUGACGGAGAACGUGAUCUGGGCGGUCAACGCGGGCGGGGAGGCCCAUGUGGACGUCCACGGCAUCCACUUCCGGAAGGACCCCCUCGAAGGACGGGUGGGACGAGCCUCUGAUUAUGGCAUGAAACUGCCGAUCUUGCGAUCCAACCCAGAGGAUCAGAUUCUCUACCAGACGGAACGCUACAAUGAGGAAACCUUUGGCUAUGAGGUCCCCAUCAAGGAGGAAGGAGACUACGUUCUUGUGCUGAAGUUUGCUGAAGUCUAUUUUGCACAGUCCCAGCAGAAGGUUUUUGAUGUGCGCUUGAAUGGCCAUGUGGUGGUGAAGGACUUGGACAUUUUCGACCGAGUCGGACACAGCACAGCGCAUGAUGAGAUUAUUCCAAUUGGCAUCAAGAAAGGGAAGCUGAGCGUCCAGGGAGAGGUCUCAACUUUCACAGGGAAACUCAACAUUGAGUUUGUCAAGGGGUACUAUGAUAAUCCAAAAGUCUGUGCACUAUACGUCCUCCGGGGAACAGUGGACGAUGUCCCAAAGCUACAGCCCCACCCCGGCCUGGAGAAGAAAGAAGAGGAGGAAGACGAAGAGGAGUAUGAAGAAGGCUCCAGCACUAAAAAGCAGACCAAUAAGAACCGGGUCCAGUCAGGCCCCCGCACACCAAACCCCUAUGCCUCGGACAACAGCAGCCUCAUGUUCCCUAUAUUAGUGGCCUUUGGUGUCUUCAUUCCUACCCUCUUCUGCCUGUGCAGGUUGUGAAGGACGAGACUGCAAGGCCAGUGACCGGCCAGAGGGGAGGAGUUGGACCAAGCGCGGAGGCUCUUUCGGUUUCUCAUAAUUUAAGGAAAAUUUUUAAAGGUUUGUUAAGGAGCAGCAGGUACAAUAAAGGGCAAGUUUGCAUCAUCCUCUUUGAGGAAGGCAGCCUUCACCUACCCACCCUCGCAGCAACUGCCGCCUCCUUGAGCCACCCAGCUGCACCAUGAGCCGCCACCUUUCUGGUCCAGAGAAUCUUGAAAGCAAAGCCUGGGUAGUUCUGGCUCUAAGAUGCAGAUGAACUAUCUUCCCAGAGAACAGCAGGAUGGAGGGGCAAGGGCGAGCAGCGGGGAGAACGAACAGGGAGGGGCACGUCUCCAAAUGUUGGCAUGAAGAAGCAGACUUUGCCAUCACACAGCCUUGGCUGGAAUAAUCCACGUUUGUGCUAGGACUGCUUGCGGGGGUGGGGAAAAUAGGCUGGCUUUUUGACUCCUGCUGAAAUGUUUGUAACUCAACCCAUGGUACUUCUUUUCUUUUCUGAAAGAGAGAGAGGCUCGCCCUUGCUGUUUGGGUAGAAAGGCUAUUGGUGACUGGAGCAGGAUGAACAGGUUGGUCUUGUUCAGCUGCCCUGCCUGGGAGAAAUGUUUUUUCCAUGGUCACUGCAGCAUCUGACCGGCCACUCUGGAAAGGCUUAAGCCUCCAGAGGGCAGUUUCUUUUCUCGACACAGAACCCUUUGUUUGUUCCUGAAUGGUUCCCACUUCCCAUUUGCUUGUCCUUGGGGGAUUUCCUCUAAUGCCCCAUCAAUUGUUGCUUUAAAUGUCCCUCUAAUGCACGUGCGUGCACACACGCGUACACACACACACCUGUUUCAACACUCAGGACCCCUUUCCAUUCUGCAUGUCCCUGAUGAGAACUUGGUACGUAAAGAUUGGAGUUCUGGCAAAGAUUUAGGAUCUUUUUGAUUUCCUUGGUGGCCUUUUAAUCUCCCUUGUUCCAGGAGACCUGCCACCUUUUGAGCUGAAGAAGGCAUUUUUUCAUUUGUUUUUAGGAGCACCAGCACAGGGAGACAUCUGUCACAACUUGUCUCCAUGUCCCUGGACCUCCUUGAAAUGCUUCAGUUGUGUUAUGUUUGUGUAUUUGUGUUUUUAAAUCAACUUGAAAAACCAAGUGCCAGUGUUUUGUUUUUGAAUUAUCAGGUGUAUCUCACUUUCACUGGUUUGCUGGCCACCAGUUUCUGGUUGUUUCUCCCCCCCCCCCCAAAUUCUGGGAGAUUAACAUUAACAGUCUGAAAUAGCCCUUAAAGAAAGGAGUACCAUCCCAAGAACUGCAGAUUGUAUAGUGGCAAAUCCUGUGCCGCCAUAAUAGUUGUGAUGCACUGUGAAAGGAUGAGCCAAGUAGGUAUCUUCUCCUUUCCUCAUUUUGGGGAGGCGGUUUCAGAAUAUGACCAAGAGAGAUGCCCACUUUAACCUUUUGUGGUAUAGGAGAGAGCUGUCAUAUUGACCUGGAUUGUGAUCAGUUUUCAGUGACACCUACAUCGCAGGGCCUGUCUGAUUCCCGCUUCCCGGUGAAAACAGGGAGAAUUAUUUUAAAUCUGUACAUUGGGUUCUUGUGGCUUUCUGGUUUUCCAUUGCUAUGACAAGAGAGAGAGAAUUGGCAGUCCAGUUCAAGGACAAAACACCAUAGAGAAAGGCCUUUCAUGGGGAAACUAAACAGAGGGUGCAUCUCCAGUUGUUGGCUUAAAGAAGCAGAUUUCGCUUUUUGUCUUGUCUUUCGGCACAGUGAAGAUUCUUGCAUAACUGUGAACUGGGCAUUAGUUGGCACUUGGCAACUCUCAAGGCUGGAGCCCCCCUUGCACCCAUUUUUUUGCAGGCAAUCUUUCUCCUCAUGUCACCAGCCGAAGUGGUCUUGCCUAGACCGACCAUUGUGGCUGAUCCAGACUGUCGCCUCUUCAUUGUGCUCCUUCCCUGUACCCUUAUUUCCCUCUGCUCCAAACACACACACACAAUAAACUUCCUGCCAUUUCCUUACACAGUCACUUGAGGAUGUCUUAGUAUGUGGCUGGCAGCUUUUUUGUGUCCUCUGUCCUGCAGUCCUUGGCAAGACUGGCCUAGUUUGGGAGCCUUGAGCCCUGAGCAGCCUCCUUCACCCCUUCUUCAGAGUGCAGAAGUUUGCAGUUUGUUACUAUAAGUUGUCCUGUGUUAACAGUUGGGGCAUAUGUGCCCCUUGAGGUCCUCUGCUGAUUUCCUCCCAGGUACAGUCUCGAUGGGGAAAUUGUAUCUGAAAGGGGCCUUUGUUUCACAUUGCCAAUAAAUGCAUUAAACUCAACCAGAUACUUCUUUUCCUCCACCCAACCCUUAGCUGCUUGGCUUAAAGGAGAGCCUGUCCAGAUUCAACCUCCUGCUGCGUCUUUGGCCCCAGUGAAUGCUUCUUCUCUUUCACCACCACCCGUCUGCCCAGUUUUUGUUCUCCGUUGUUGUUGAGCCUCAUCUAAACACAACUGCAGAUACUGGCAGGGAUGUGGAAUAAUCCCUGAGCUUGGAAGCCGGGUGUCCCAUUGCACUGCCAUCCUGCUGUUUACUCCUUCCAUCUGCCCCUUCUCCCAGCACUAGAGCUUGCUAUACAGAGCAGGGAAGCAGCGCUGUGUCUUUUCAAUCCCAGCUCUUUUCCAAAGGGUUUGAUUUGAACUCCGCCACAGUUAGGUCUGGCUGGCUUAAUCUCUUCACAGCAGGAAGGUGGGAUGUGAGCUCAGGUACAUGGCCUUGAGUGGGGUGGCUGCUUUUGUCUUCAUACCAUUCGUGCGUUAUGAUCCUGCAUAUUUAACUUCCUUUUUGACAGCUGCUUAUUUCUGGGCCCAUUUGGGACUGACAGAUAAACAGAACUGCUAGCAUGUCGUGAAGGCAGCCUGAUUCCUUUAGAAUUGCAGGAUUCCAUCCCAGGCAGGGCAUCUUAUGUCCUCUGAGGGUCGAAGCAGGGUGAAGUGCAGGUUUAACCUCUCCCAGAACAAGGCCAGAGUUUAAGAAAAACUGCAGCUAGUACAGGGUUCAAGCAAAAUGGUGCCACAGGAGAAGAGGACCAUGCAGCAAGUCCUCUGCCUGCCAGGUAACUCAUUGAUAGUGUUGGCCUUCCCCAACUUAUUGCCCUCCCUCCAGAUGUUUUGGAGCCCCACUCCCAUCAGACCCAGCAUCCUACGACUGUACUGGCUGAGGCUGAUGGAAGUGGGAGUCCAGAACAUUUGGAGGGCAACAGUUUAAGGCCAAGUUUCCACUACCCAGUAGGAACUUACAAGCCCACUUUCAUCCCCUUUUCUCUCCAGCCCUGUACCUUCUUGCUUUGAGGGCACUGAUGGGUACUAACCGCCUCCCUGAAUGUGUCUGUGUUCCGAUCUGUUUCAUUAAGAGGGAAAGAUGCCAUUUGAUGUAAGGCAGGACUUGAAAUGUAUGCAGUGCGGUUGAGCAGGAUUUGGUGGUGAGGUCAGAAAUCGGUCCUUGCUGCAAGAGCACUUGCACGCAGUGAGGAAAUGAUGUGAUUUUGUUUCUCUCUCCUAUAAUCUUGAAGGUUCUCAAAGGCGAUAGAUUACUGGCUGAUUCAAAAGCUGUCCCAUUAAAAAAAGAUUCAGUGAGAGGGCUGAGAUUGUCUUGAGAUUCCCAUGCUUGGGAUAUGAAAAAUGAUCUGGUCACUUUGCCUACAAAGACACCCUCAGCUCCAGUUGCUGUGCAAUGAAAAGUUUGGGUUUGCCAAAUGCUGCCCUUGCUUUGGGAGAUCUGAGAAAGAGCUCCUCUGAUAAGCUUGCUCUUUUUGAAUUAAGUUGCGACAAUACAACUUGGGCGCUUUCUUCCUUUCCUAAUGUUUGGCAUCUAAGAGGUAGCAGUGAGCUGCACUAUUUUAUUUUUAUUUUGGAGGACGUUGCAGGUGGAAACCGAAGGAAUGCCAAAGUUGAAUCUUAUGUCUCUCCAUCUUUUUUGUGCCUUCUUUAUUUUUCAGGUAGUGAAAUGACAACCGGUUCUGCUUGUAAUGAAGCUUCUGUUCUAAGGAACUUCUGUUUCCUCUUUUUCAAACAGACAAAUGUGUGUGAGAUGGGUGGGAAAGCUGUCUCCUGUGAACCAGACAUUCCUCAUUUACAAAUGCAAAAACCGCAGUGAAGUUCAGCCUCUGUGCAUCUUACUCCAUGCAUUGUCAGGAAAUGCUGGUGAGCCAGGGAGAGCUUCCAUUCUUACAGUUCAAGUUUAGUUGUGCUUCAGAAAAGGCAAACUGGCAGAUGCCACAAAGCACAUCUAAACCUGAACUGUAGAAUGGAAGCCUAAUUCCUCAGCAAUUCCAAAUGUCUUCUGAGUAGAACCCUCUGGUCCAGCCUUCGCCAACCUGGUGUACUUCAGACACGUUGAAAUACAUCUUGCAUCGGUCCCCAAUGGGAACUUGUGCUCCAAAACAUCUGAUGGGCACCAGUUAGCAAAGGUUCCCAUAAUAUAAUCCCUAACUAUUGGGCAAUCUGGUUGGGACUGAUGGGAGUUACAGUUCAGAACACCUAGAAGGCAUCACUUUGGGAAAGGCUGAUCUGAACAGUCAUUGAUCGAGACUAUCCUGAUCUACAACUGGGACUUGGCAUCAGUUCAGAGCAUGCAUAUUUAUAUUCAGUGCCUGUCAAUGGUUGGGCUUUCAGAAUUGUUCUACCCCUAUGUUGGAUUCUUGUGUUGCAGGUACUGGGUUAGAGCAAAAUGGUAGAAGAGGAGCAUGGGGCCAGCCUUCUGCCUCCCAGGUGAUUUGAUGUUAACGUCCAGUUCUACAAGGCACUGGGAUUUGCUAGCACUCCAUGCUGUGACAGCAGGCAAGACUUCCUCCCCAGCACAUUGCAUUGUCUUAGCACUAAUACAUGCCCUCCUGGCAGGUAGAGCAGGUUGGUGCAAGUGCCCUUUCCUGUGCUGGGACACAGCUAUGAGAGUUUGCUGUUUUAUGAGGCAGUUUGAGACUCCUCCUGAUAGACACCAUCUCUUACAGCAUGUUGGGAGUAUGUUGUUCCCAUAUCAUCCUGAGAUCACGGUGCAGUCAUAUGAUUGGAUUGAAACAGAAUCCUCUUUAAGUGCACCAUGAAUCAAAGCAUCCAGAAAAUGAGAUGAAGCCGUUGGAUCAGGCAGCCUGGCUUUAUAUAUGCUGAAGAGAAAACGAGGGUCAGGACUUGGGAAAGAAACCAGUCGCAAGAUCCACACCUGUACAUUUGAAGCACAUGACUUCCUCCAAAGGGUCCUGAGAACUAGUCGUCCGUCCCCCCCCGAGCUACAAGUCCCAGCGCCUUUAAAGUCAUGUGCUUUAAAUAUGCAUUGGAGGUCCUUUAAAUGUAUGAUAUGCAUCUGUUCUUGGUCUCCCAAGACAUCCACAAGGGUAAAAUCAACUGAGCCUCUAAGCCUAAGCUUCUUCCAAUGAUAGCGUUGGAUGCAGAUUACAGCAUUGCUUCUUUCUUCAGUAAUGAUUGUUCAACAUAAGCUUGCAGGGUCAAAAUACUGUCUGAACUUGCAGUUGUUCUCUCUCCCCCCACCCAAUGGGGAACAAGAGGAAGUUUUAGUCAAUAGACUAUUGUCUUGGGGUCUGGCACUUCCUGAUCUUAGCUUAAGGAAGGAGGAGAGUGUGUUUAAAGGCCACUGGAACUCAUGACCAUUGCAGCAGCAGCACCAAAACAUUUUCAUCGUGAUCGCAACUGCUGGCAUUAGCAUAGAGCAGUCUUCACCAACCUAGUGCCCUUCAGAUUUUUGGGGCUAUAUCCCCCAUCAGCACAGCUGUGCUAGCUUGAAGCCGAUGGAAGUUUUAGUCUGAAAAUCUGGAGGGCACCAGGUUGGGUAAGCUGUUGUAGAAAGGAUCUCUGCCAGAGCUGGGGAGAUACUUAUAGUUAAACAUUAGAGAAAUGCUUUUGAAGAGAUGAGAUUCUUUUAUGGGGUGUUGCAUAUGCCUUGUCCAUUCAGAAAGGGCCAGCGUUGAUCAAAUGCUUUACCACCACCCCUUUAUUACUGUCCCUUCUUCCCCCCUGCCUUGGGCAGAUGCUUUAUUCUAACAAACUGAAGUGCUUUCCACCCUCCCAUGGAUGCUUUUAUGCUCUGGUACCUUGACUAUCUCGCAAAAGAUCUCUCUCUUGAGGAGGAAAUUGUGGGUGUGUCAGUGUUGUCUGCAGUUAAGGAAAGGUUUUACUGAAACGGUCUGCCUGCAGCCUGUUCCCUUAGAGGCUGACUGCUUUGUACGGGUCUAGAAACACAGAAAAUCUCAAGACCCAGAAUUCUUAAGGCAUCCUUAACCGCAGCCUCUUUCCAGAACUCGUGGGGCAAGUUGCCCCAGUCCUUGAGGUUCAUCACCCGCUCCCCCACAAAGCUUCCUGACUGCCCAGGAAAACCUGGUGUCUGAAGGACUGAGUGAUGGAAGGGGAGAAAAGCAGGAAAGAAGACUAAUAGUCUGUAGGGCCAGCUGGGGAGGCUUCAAAGGCUAUGCAUGCCUUCUUUCACUGGAAAAAACUUGUGUCAUGAGUGCAGUGAAGAUCCAGGAGCAGGUUAGUGGCCUCUGACAGGGACUAUUUUGUCCUCCUUUAUUGAACACAUCAUGGGAUUCUCCUGUGCCUUUCACAUUUACGUGGGGUGAUCUUUGGGGUGCCUUUAGGGAGUGCCUUCUGUUACUCCAGAGGAAAGGCCAUUUUCCUCCCCCUCCCCUUUACUUCCUAAGCAGGUAGGGUCAGUUAGACCCCUGUCCUGUCCAUCAGUUGUUCGGCAAGAUUAUACUCUUUAUCACUGUUAAAGCAGGUGGGAACUUUGAACUCCUGCAGUUUUCAGAUGAUUGAGGCCCAUCUUGCUUUACCGUGCUGGGAUCCUAUUAAUCUCUCCCACACCACACAUGAAGCUUGGAUCUGUGCCCCUGCUUGCUUAUGAGGCAGCUGAUCUCCUGGGCUCUUAGGACAAGCCAGAUGUAAGCUUGAAGGUUACAAGCCUAAGCUUUAUGGAAUCAGUUUCUGUACUGGUAGUUCUGUAACUUUCAAAGUUAAUUCCUGAUUUUGAAGGAGGGUUGUGUCUUUAACCAUCUCUUGCUCUCUAUGUCUAAUCAUCUGCAGCUUUUCUUAUUGGUGUAUGUUUUGUUUUUUAAUAACUUUGGGCAAAGGGUAAAAAGCACAGGUGUGUGUGUGUGUGUGAUUGUACUGGCUUUGCAAAAGGACUACCCCCAAAAAAAAUUCCUGGGGAAGUGGAACAGGUAUGAGUGAAUUAUUCUUGCUUUAUUUCUCUUCUCCCCAUUUUCACCCCUGAUACAUUUAGCUGGUUGGUUUUUUUUAACAAAUUAAAUUUUCUUGGGUUUACUUUUCUUUCUCCCAGGAUGUCUGGUUUGAGGGGAAAUGUUCAGAAAUCUACUGGCUGGCAGUUUUAACCAGCAGUGUGUUUAAAAAUAAAUAAAAACAAAAUUAUAUUGUCA